CACUGUGGCUGCGGCUGAUCUCAUUUCUGCCGGAGCACUGACAUGUCACCUGCUGCUGCUGCUUUGGACAAAUAGACGAGGACUGUUGGAGCAAAGUCUUCACUAUGGAGAUAGAAAGCAUGGUGGCCAACAGUGCCCUCGUCAGAGCCAGAGAAGGUGGAGGAAGCAAAGGCAGAAGCAGGGGAUGGAGAGACAUGCUGCGCUUCCCUCACAUCAGCGAUUGUGCAAAGCUGGCCAUGAGCAUCGAGCGAGAGUACUACAACCUGUGCGUGAAGCAGCCGAUCGGCAAGAAAUUGUUCGAGCUCUUCUGUCGAAGUCGCCCUGAUCUGCAGAACUACGUUGCCCUCCUGGAAGCUUUGGAUGACUUUGAGACACAGGGGGACGAGAAGAGAAGAGAGUCUGGAAACAGCAUCAUUGAAAGAUUUUUCAAAAUGCAGGUUUGUGUUUAUAUUUUGCUCCCAUUCGCUGAUGUGUUACAUAGACGUACGGACAGACACUGCUCACGUUCCUCCAUGUUCCCUCAGUCCUACCAGAGCGUGGCCAUCAUGCAGAAGCAUGAAGAGGCCUGCAGCCAAAGCCUGCAGUUUUGUCCCUGCGGGGACGUGUUUGGUGACUGCAGACGAGAGCUUCACGAGUACCUGAGCGGGGAGCCCUUCAUCCAGUACCAGGACAGCAUGUUCUUUGACCGCUUUCUGCAGUGGAAGAUGUUGGAGAAGCAGCCGGUGACCAAGUAUAACUUCAGACAGUACAGACUCCUAGGGAAAGGAGGCUUUGGAGAGGUGUGGGCCUGCCAGGUUCGCUCCACGGGGAAGAUGUACGCCUGCAAAAAACUGGAGAAGACGCACGUAAAGCAGAGGAAAGGGGAGGAAAUGGCUCUGAAUGAGAAACAGAUCCUGGAGGACGUGGACAGUCGCUUUGUGGUGAAUCUGGCCUACGCUUAUGAAACCAAACACGCCCUCUGUUUGGUUUUGACCAUGAUGAGCGGCGGCGACUUGAGGUUUCACAUUUAUAACAUUGGGAAACCCGGCUUGGACAACGCCAGAGUGUGCUUCUAUGCUGCCGAAGUCUGCUGCGGCCUGAUCCACCUCCACCAGAGGUUAAUACUCUAUAGGGACCUGAAGCCUGAAAACAUCCUUUUGGACGACUACGGGCAUAUCCGCAUCUCUGACCUUGGGCUGGCUGUGAAGCUGCAGGAGGAGGGGGGCCUGGUGCGAGGCAGGGUGGGCACGCUGGGCUACAUGGCUCCUGAGGUCAUCAGACGCGAGCACUAUGGGAUUAGCGUCGACUGGUGGGGCCUCGGCUGCUUGAUUUAUGAGAUGGCCGCAGGACAUCCCCCAUUCAGGACCAAGGGAGAGCAUCCCCCAUCAUCCGAUAUGGAGAAAAGGAUCCUGACGGAGGAGGAGGAUUACAACAAUUUCAGCAAGUUGACAAAAGAAAUCUGCAGUCUGCUGCUGGACAAGGACCCUAAAAAGAGACUGGGCUGCCACAACUCCAAUGGGAAAGCAGUGCAGGCUCAUCCUUUCUUCCACAGCAUCAACUUCAGAAUGAUGGAGGCAGGGCUGGUGGAACCUCCAUUUAAACCUGAUCCCAGGCAGGUCUACUGCAACGACGUGCUGGACAUAGACGAGUUUUCCUCAGUGAAGGGGGUCGUCCUGAACGAAACCGAUAACAGCUUUUACUCCAUGUUCAACACAGGAAGGGUCACUACAGCCUGGCAGAAUGAGAUAAUAGAGAUGGGAUGCUUCAAAGAGCUGAAUACUUUCGGUCCUGGGGGAAGUCGACCCCCAGACCUGGUCUGGGCCCAACGCUCAAAAAACUACGACAGCCCCAAACGCAGCCUGCUGAGUCGGUUAUUUCGCAAAAAUCAACCUCCGGAUUCAUCAGAGGAAAGCCAGCAGAAUUCAGUGGCCAUUACCAGUUACUUACUUAGUGGCGACAACACGUCUCUAUGAGGACAGUCCCAGCACUGAACACAGAUCAGCUAGCAGCUAUUCAUCUGUGGAGCCUCUUUGUUUUGUUGUUCUCACUAUCUUCGCACUUUUUAAAACUAUAUUUUUGCUCUUUGACUUCUGAAGUUGCUUGUACUUGAAUUUUGAUACAUAUAUGACGGAAUAUGAAGCUACAUUAAAUCUGACCUUAAAUGAACUGUAUUUAUAAAUGUAGCAGAUCCAACAUUGGGUUUUAUAAAGAUUUAAUGUAACAGGAAGGACACACGUUUUAUGUGUGACAAACUUAAAUUCUCUGUUUAUAAUUCUUUUUAAAAGAGGUUCAUUAAAGCCUAAAAUUGAUUUGAAUAAAAAAGCCUUAGUGUUUAAUAAAUUCAUUGCAACCCCUCAA